AGUAGUUUUUCGUUGGCUCUGUUGAGCUGCAGAUAGAAGAUUUUCAUUAUAAUUUUUCUAUUAUUCUCCCCAUUUCUGAAUUGAUAUUCCUUCUAAAAUGUCAGAAGAUGUCAGAAAAGCUUGGGUACCAGGAUCAAAUGGACAGAUUCCUGAAAAUGCAUUCGAAGCAGGAUACGAUGGAUCAGAAAUUAUGUAUAUUGGACGAGCACCUCAUGCAGGAGAUGUUAUUCCUGGUAAAGUUCAUCCAUCUCACAAAGUGUGUUACAUUUGUUGGGGCAAUGAAGAGCACGCAAAAGACAGUUAUGAGGUUCUCUGUAAAUCUGAUCUAAUUCAAUUUGAAUGGUUACCUUCGGCUAAUGGAGAACUUCCGGCAGGUGCAAUCGUGGGUGGCAAGAGAUCAGACGGCGGUAAAUACUUUAUCGGUAGAGCAAAACAUGAGAAUUGCUUGGUUCCCGGUAAAAUUCAUCCCGAAAAUGAGUGUAUUUAUGUACCUUGGGGAGGAAAAGAAAACCGUUAUGAUGCCUACGAGGCCCUUGCAGCCAAAGUGAUCGAUUUACCUUAA